AUGGCAGCCACCGGAGUCGGGUCGUAUUCGAACCCGUUGAAGAAGUUCAAGUUGGUGUUCUUGGGCGAGCAGAGCGUCGGGAAAACGUCUCUAAUCACGCGGUUCAUGUACGACUCGUUCGACAACACAUAUCAAGCAACUAUCGGAAUCGACUUCCUCUCGAAGACGAUGUACCUGGAGGAUCGAACGGUUCGAUUGCAACUAUGGGACACUGCUGGUCAGGAGCGAUUCCGAUCUCUUAUUCCUUCCUACAUUCGUGAUUCGAGCGUGGCGGUCGUCGUUUAUGAUAUUUCGAAUGCCAAAUCCUUCCAGAACACCCGGAAAUGGAUCGACGACGUACGGGGAGAGCGUGGAAACGAUGUGAUCAUCGUGCUGGUGGGCAACAAGACCGAUCUGAACGAUAAGCGAGAAGUUACGACGGCACAGGGUGAAGAGGAGGCGAAGAAGAACGGCCUGAUGUUCAUCGAAACCAGUGCCAAGGUCGGCCACAACGUCAAGCAGCUUUUCCGAAGGAUAGCCCAGGCUCUACCAGGAAUGGAGGGCGAGGCGAACAAGGGAGAGAACAACAUGAUUGACGUUAAUAUCAGUCCCAAAGAGACCACGAACAAUGACGGAUGUGCCUGCUAG